AUGGAGUCAAUUACUGAUACUUCCCUAGAAGGCCUCAGCAGCUCAGGCAGACCGUAUCGGUCGCAUACACAUCCCGCAUGUCUGCCCUGCAGGAAACGCAAGUCCGCCUGCAGAACCCGAGACGCCUCCGCCACAUGUAUCCUGUGUCUGGUGCAUGGUACGAAUUGCAUUUUCCCUCAGGCAGACAGUCGCUCGCAGCGAAGACAUGUAGACUCUCCGCGGAGACUGGCCCCUAAGGAGAGACAUGCUCGGAUUGUGCAGCAUCGGGAAAAUCGACGGCCUCUCCCUACACCCCAGGUCGUUCUUCCGCCCACGGAUACUGGACCUGACAGGACGGAUUCCCAGACGAAGAAUGCCGACGAUGGCUUACCGAGCCUGAUGGGUGUCACCGACACUGGAGACGAUGGUUCUCAUAUUGUCAGCCCAGCUAUUGCUGAUGACACGGAGGUCCUGGAAAGCUAUCUGUCGACUGUUCCGGACGCACGAAAGAGGUGCUUUCGCACAAGUUCGAGCUCCAGUCGACCUAUACGGCCGGUUUUGUUUAGUACCAUCCCCAGACGGCCGUUGGGGGUUUAUUCCCAUCAGUCUCUUCCGGCGAUGAAGCUUGAGGUUAUCGAAAAGUACCUCGAGCCUGUUACUAGAGACGUUGUUAAUCUCUUCUUCCGAUACGCCAAUAUCUGCUUCCCAAUAUUCGACGAAGCGUCCUUCCUCACCAUCUACACCACCCACAAGGAGAAAAUCUCCCCAGCCCUCCUCUGCACCCUCUACGCCAUCUCCCUCAUCUACUGGAACAACUCGUCAAAACUACGUUCCCUCCGCCCUCCAGACAUCCGCUAUAUCUGGAACCAGGCCAUCGAGGCCAUUCACUCCGAACUCUUCCUAUCCCCGGGUAUAUCCACCGUCAUGGCAAUGCUACUCAACAUAAGCGGCCGACCCAGCACCUCCAUCUUCGGCAAUGGCGGCAUGGUCGGCACAGCCGUCGCUUUAGCCAACGCCCUAGGCCUAAACCGAGACCCUUCACAGUGGACUAUCUCUCCUGUAGAGAAACGCUUCCGCAUACGUGCAGCCUCGCCUACGGAACCCCCCCUCCAAAUCCACCGCGCCCAAUACGACGUCCCCAUCCCAACUAUCUCCGACAUAUGUCCACCGAACAGUUCCUCUGUGCAGCUAUCCGCCGCCUACAUCUUCAUCGCCCUAACAACCCUAACUGAAACCCUAACCCUCUACCUCGAACACAUCUACCACGUCUCUCAAACCCUCACCCCCCCUCCCCUAGCACUAUCCUCCCUCUUGACAAACUGGGAAUCUUCCCUCCCACCCCAAACCCGCCAUAUUAUUCUCCGCGGAACAGAUCUCACCGCUCCUGGGGCUGCGAAUCUCCGUCUUGCUUAUCUAGCAGUGAAACUUCUCCGAGGACGGAUAGAAUUAGACCACACCCACCCCCAUCCCCACUCUCCUAUAAGUAAUGAAGAUGGAAAUACCCACCGCGCAGCAGAAUCCAUAAUCCAUUUCAUCCAAGAACUUGACUCCUCUCAUCUAGCCGGGUUCUGGUUACCGGGGUUGGCGUAUUCGAUUACGUCGGCGGUGAUGUUUUUGGUACGUUCUGCGGUGAGGGAGAAGAUUGAUGGGUAUGGGUCUGGUGGUGUUAAAUGGGAGGAUGCGUUAAACCUCGCUAGGGAUGCAAUAACCACAUUACGAUCUCAUCGAGAGAAAUCAAAUUGGGACCUCGCAGAUGAUUGUCUAGCAAAAUGUAGCGAGGUUGUUGAGCGGGUGGGGAUGGUACAUGACGGAGGAGAAGAGGAUGAUUCUUCGUUCGGGCCGGGUAUAGAUCUAGAUAUUGAUUCCGUGGUAUGGGAUGAUUUGUUCUUAGGGGGUGGGUUUUUCGGGGGGAUGGAGUGA